AAAGUUGAAAGGUUAAAAUUUGGCGCGCCUUUCACGUGACAGCUGAGUGGAAAUUUCCGAAUGUCCUGAGCGGAUGUUUUACAACCUUGUUUGCAACAGUGAUAAGAAACAACGGAAACCAUGGCGGGAGAACUAUCCUCUGUUUGCUCAAAAGCAAUCGGCGACGCUAAAGACGAUUUGAACCAUCUGAGCAGCGAGAUUUGGAAGAAUCCGGAGCUUGCGUUCCAAGAGACCCAUGCUCACAACGUCCUGACGGAUUUCUUGGAAAACAAAGGUUUUAAAGUCGAGAGAAACUAUAUCAAGAAAACAGGGUUCCGUGCGACGUACGGUUCAGGGGAUGGAGAGGGUGUUCAUGUGUGUGUGAUGUGUGAAUAUGACGCCCUGCCCUCUCUCGGACACGCAGCGGGCCGAAACCUAAGCAGCGAGGCGAGUGUGGCCGCCGCACUGGGCAUCCAAGCCGCCAUCAAACAACAACAAAAGCUGGGGAAGGUGACAGUACUGGGUACCCCAGCUACAGAAGGUGGAGGAGGGAAGCUGGACAUGAUCAAUGAGGGCUGUUUUGAUGGGAUCGACUUCGCCAUGCUGGCUCAACCCCUGAACGAGAACAUAGCUGCACCAGUCACGCUCAACAUUCUGAGAGUCCGAGUCAACUAUUCAGGCAAAGCUGCCCAUGCCUCCACCCAGCCGUGGGAGGGUAAGAACGCUCUGGACGCCGCCGUGGCGUGCUACAGCAACGUGGCGCUCAUGAGACAACAGAUCAAACCCACCUGGAAGAUCAACGGAAUCAUCACGAAUGGCGGCCUGAAGCCCAACAUCAUCCCGGAGGAGACAGAGAUGCUGUUCUACCUCCGAGCGCCGGAACAGACGGACCUGAUGUUCCUCCAGCAGCGGGCCACCGCGUGCUUCGUCGCCGCGGCCAAGGCCACCGGCUGCGAGGUGAACUUUGAGUUCCUGGACAAGCCGUAUCACAACGUGGUUCACAACUCGGUCCUGGCUAACCUGUACAAGAAGCAUGCUGAGGCACUGGGCCUGCAGUUCUCCACAGAUGAGGAGGUCCUGCAGUGUUCGACAGGUUCCACCGACGUGGGUAACGUGUCACACGUCGUCCCGUGUGUCUACCCUGCGUUUGACAUCAAGACACAGGCACCCAUCCACACCCAGGCCUUCACCGAGGCCAGCAGCGCCCCCGAGGCCCAGCAGCCGGUACUGCAGUGUGCACAGGCCAUGGCAAUGACAGCCCUGGAAGUCAUGCAGCAGUCCACACUCAAGAGUGAUAUAAAAAAUGAGUUUGAGACAAUAGACGCAGUCCACACACCUGUCAUUGCUGGGACUAACCCAUUUCCUUAAAAGGGGAAUCAUAUAAGCCUGUUCACAGUUUAAACUGUGCAUGCACUGUGAAAUGCAUUGUGGGUAAUAUGUCAAAGGUGAAGGCUUCUAACUUGUAAACAGUUCUUGUCUAGACCAUGAUUUAUACAUGCUUAGGCAUGUUUUGUUUAUGUAUCAGUGGCUUUCAACUUUGACAUGUUAUCCAUAAUGCAUCUUGCUGUGCAUGCACAGUUGAAACCAUGAACUGGUCUAUUGAAACUUCUGAUAGUUUUUGAGCUAUAACAGUGCCAUAUGUGCUGAUUAUGUAUAUUACAGACACUCUUUAGUUUCUCUGGGAUAAGACAAAAUUACACUUACUUUCAGGACAUUUCUUGAUGCGUAAUUAAAGAAAUGAAGCCAAAAAUACUGGUGCUUUCUUUAUCUCCAGUUUAUGAUUUCUGAUAUGGAAAAAACAACAACCUUUUUGCAGUUCCUAGCAGUCUUGCCAGGUGGCAGUGUGUGUAACAUGCUGUACAAACAUGUAUAUGGUGGUAAUAGUGUGCAAAUAUGUUGGUAUUGAAAUAGGGUUUAUCUUUGUCAGCCCUUUGUAAUAGCCUGUGGCUAGUUGAGCAGCCCUGGCUGUGUCUGCUGAACUGCCAUUUAACCAAUAGAGAAAUAAACAUAUAGCCUAGCUUUCGUAUGUUUGAAAAGGGAGGAACAUUUUGCCAUGGAAGAAUUAUAACUUCUGAUGUGUCAAUUUUGUAUUCAGGAAGAAAGUAACCAUCAGAUAUGGUAUAAGGAUGUAUUUUGAGCUCUUUGGAUACUGUGGUUAUGAAUGACAGUUGUAAUACAAUAAGGAUAUUGUGAUACUCUCCAAGCAUAUGAUAAAGCAUGUAAAUUAUUUGAUGGGAAAAUUAUGUAAAGGUCUUUUAUUCAGGAGGUUGGUAACGUUA